AUGUACCUUCCGCAGUACAGGGCCAUUGGCAACGUCCGGCAGGUGGACCUCUUGAACUUGAACAUGGAGUACGACUACAGAGAGUGUCAGUUUAUGUUUGACGUAGUCCAUGACGCAGAAAGAGAAGAUGGGCGUUCUCCUGACAGGAUAGGAGAAGUGGAACUUAAAAUGGAGUUUCGAGAGAGCAAUGCUAGUUGUACCGAGAAAAGAACAAACAUAUUACUCCAAACGUUGGUCCGCAAUGAGAAAAAAACUUAUGAAGUAUAUUGUGCUUACGCUCAUCAUAUUGGAUUCAGUGGUCGUAAGGAUCACACUACGUUUUCGACUAACUCAAGAAUUAUCAAGACGAAGGACUUCAUAUGUGGAAAAGCAGGUUUCAAGAAAGAGCUAAAGAUUACAGAAACUGUUAAAUAUAGAAGAGAAGAAACAAGAACUGGUUGCCUUGCAAUGAUCCGAUACCGAGUUGAUGAGGAAGGCAAUUGGACAGUUAAAAAAUUAAUUGAAUCGCAUAACCACUCAUUAGUGAACCCCGAUGACAAGCACUUGUUGCGUUCCAGGAGAAAGAUAAGCAAAAUAAAUGCAGACGUGCUUAGAUUCAUGACACAGUCUGAGAACUUCCUAGCCUGA